CAUUCAGAGACGUCCCACUAAAGGAUCUUAAGACAUUCAAGUCCUGCAGUUGCAGAUCGUUUGCGCCCGCCAACAAGUGGUCUUUAGUAACUUGUAGCAGAAAAGCGUCAGUAUCAUCAGUUUCACGCGUGAAUCAUAGCUUUAGAAGUCGUCCAUGCUUUUUUAAAAAAUUUUUUUGAAUUUAUUAUUUGUGAAUUUUUUUUUUCCAGUGGCUAGGCGCAUGACUUUCUUCCAGAAAUAUUUGCCCGGUUUCGUUUGGCUGUGAUUGGCCCUCAAAAAGGUCAACAUCCUUCAUUCACCAUGAGGGACAGUAUCACUGAUAUCCCCAAUAGUAACAAUAAUGACAUGGAAACAAUACUAACGGUGAGAGGAAUGGAACUUGUUGCUCGGUCCAGUAUCCACUCACUGAGACCACCUUCCAUCACUUCCGCAUCUUCAUCCAACGGCCAAGACGCUUACAUGUGGAAGCUCACCGAUUUGCGAAAACGGUUCAAGAAUAAAGACUUGGAAAUACUUUACGACCGUUAUCAGCAGCGGCUCAUGCAUGUGGAUUUUAAAGCUUUUUUACUCCUACAGAUCUUCCUGAGCGUUAUUUUUAUCAUUUUAUUGCUUAUAUUCAACGUGGACGACGAAUCGAAAGCCGUUCCAGAAAUUAUUGGACAUUUGGUACUCCUGUUGACAGCAUGUCUAUUCUACUACGUGGCUUACAGAGAAGAGCAUUUCAAAAAAUACCGUUUUCUACACUUACUGAUGGCACUUACCUUGGCAUUCCUUCUCGUCACGGUUGAUAUUGGUCUAUAUCUCUGGUUCGCCAAACAAAAUGAAACUCAUUCAAGUGAAGAAAUCGUCUUUCAUAUACCGGCCGCUCUCUACACGAUCUUGGCCGUUUACAACCUACUACCAAUCGCAUCUUUUCGUGUGGCCAUAUUGAUCGGCUUGACUGUUGGGAUUGUUCAUGUGAUAGCAUCGGUGUUGUUGUUCCAAACAAGGAUCUGGACAACGGAUCACGGAAUUAACAUUGCCAUGAUCGUAGCAGACGUUGCCUUCUACUUGACAGCUAACGUGUUCGGCAUUUUCACCAAAUGUCUAAACGAGACUACAUUAAGACGAGUCUUUCUCGAUCGACGCCGAUGUAUCGAAUCAACCAUCAAAUUGGACUACGAAAAGAGUCAAGAAGAACAGCUCAUGUUGUCCAUCUUACCCAAGCAUAUCGCGCAUGACGUGGGUACGGCCAUCCGAGAAGAAGUUCAACAGAUGAUCAAACAAAAAUCAUCGCCUUCAUCAAGGAGGCCAUUUGACACUCUGCACGUCGAAACACAUCCGGAAGUCAGUGUCCUCUAUGCCGACAUUGUCAAUUUUACUCCACUGACUUCAGCACUUCCUUCAGGCAGCCUCGUUUCUCUACUGAAUGAAUUGUUUGGCAAAUUCGACGAAGCUGCACGGGAAAACGAUUGCUUAAGGAUCAAAAUCUUAGGCGAUUGUUACUACUGCGUAUCUGGGAUCCCUGACUCGACAUCUGACCACGCCAAAAACUGCGUAGAAAUGGGUUUCAAGAUGAUUGAAAUAAUCCGCCAAGUUAGAGAGGAUCACCAAGUGGAUGUAGACAUGCGGAUCGGCGUACAUAGCGGCAGCGUUAUCAGCGGGUUAAUCGGUCUUCGUAAGUGGCAGUUUGACAUCUGGUCCCGUGACGUUACCAUCGCCAAUCACAUGGAACAAUCAGGAAUAGCAGGAGGGAUCCACAUUUCCAUGGCAACAAAGAACCUAUUGGGCAGUGCCUAUCGGUUCGAACCAGGCAAUGGGAAGAGGCGUGACGCGUACCUUGCAAAACUAGGCAUCGAAACGUUUUUGGUUGUUUCAGCCGAUUCCGAUCAAUCCAAAAAUGGAGGAAUCAAAAAAAUCAAAUUCAAUACCGACCCCUUUGCCACUUUGCCUCGUAUAAAUACCUCCACAUCUUUUCGGCGAUCACCUCCCCUACAGCGAAUGAAUAGUCAAUCGAAGAAGACGCUCAACGAUAGCGACAGUUCGUCGCUUGACAGCCUUUAUGAAAAAGUACCCCCCAGCCUUCCAGUCAUUUUAUAUCAACGAAAUCCGCCUACGACUUCGUUGCCUCACAUCUACGCCAAAGUUCGCCAAGUCUCGUUGGCGGUUGGGGACGAACAACCGGAAGAAAUUUACAGCCGUCUAGUCAAGAAUCCUAGAAGAUCUAGUGCUACUAGUACUACCGUAGCCCGCCUAAUUGCCAAGAGACGAUCAACGGCCGGUGAAAACACUACAAGACGUGGCGCCGUUUUGAUGGAUAACACUUUGGUCAGCUUCCGGCGAAUGAUGGACCAGGCCGAUUCCAAGAUGGAAAAAGCUAUUGAAUCUAUGAGAUUAUCGAAAAUCAAGGCGCCCCGUAACCAAGAAGUGUACGUUAAUAUUCUGUUGCUCUUCUCCAAUCGCAAUUGGGAACUUCCUUUUCUGCGAAGGCCGGAUCCCUUAUUCAACCUCUACGUCUUGGGCGCAAUUCCAGUGCUAUUCGGAAUCAUGACUAUUCAGCUGGCACUUUACAACGGUGAUCCCCGGGCGUUUUGGCUGGUCUUUGGUGUUGCCAUGAUCGUGGUAAUAGUAAUCGCAUUAUGCUUAUGGAUACCGCAGCUGUGGAAUCGACCCAGAAACACAAGCCUUAGCGAAUUGGAUGAAAUCCUUGGAAGCCUAUCUGCUUCACCAGAACCAAGUCGUUCCAGCUCAACUGUCUCGGCCAUUUUCUCUAAACUUGAUUUUCACUGUUCAUCCCUAAUGGCACGCAUCUCCAUCUUUCUCUUGGUGAACAUCAUUGUUGGUGCUUGCGGAUUAGUGGACUUGAGCAUAGUCCUUGGUUCAAAUAACUCUACGUUAGAACUCAUCGGCCAGAAUGGAACUCUGGCCAGCCAAUGUGAUUUCUACGAUCCUCGCAUUUACCUUUGGUAUUUUACUUAUAUCUGCGCCUUGACAAUGGCUGUGGCCUUCGGCUUCUAUCGCAUCAAUUUCCUCUUUAAAUUAACCUUCUAUUUAGCCGCUGUGAUCACUUAUAGCGUUUUAACCCUUGACAUCUAUUCAGACAUAUGCUUGAAAUUUAGAAGUAGAGAAGAAUGUCUUCUCUGCACGGCUAGUCCUUCCAUAAUACCGGAAGUCGACCACGCUUUGUACCUGUUCACUAUCCUCAUGGUUUUGCAUGUUGCUGAUCGCCAGAUCGAGUUCAUCUAUCGACUAGAUUAUGUUUGGCAGCGACAGCUAGUCAGUGAACAGGAAGAAGCCAACAUAACCAGGAUCGUCAACAAAGUGUUGCUACAAAACAUUUUGCCGCUCCACGUCGCCGAAGUGUAUCUGGACACAUCCCGCUGCAGCGAUCAACUCUAUCACGAAGAACACAAACAUGUAGCCGUCAUGUUUGCCUGCAUUCCGAAUUUCAUGGACUAUUAUACGGAUAAUGAUGUGGGCGAUGGCGGUCUUCAUUGCAUAGAAGUCCUCAACUCCAUCAUCAGCGCUUUUGACGCGUUGUCGUAUGAGGAAUCAUUCGCCCGCAUUGAGAAAAUCAAAAUUGUGGGCAGCACUUACAUGGCAGCGUCGGGUCUCACCGCAGUCCGUAAAGGAUCGACCGAAACAGUGACAGAGACACAAUCCUACGUUUCUUCUCUGGUCAUUAUGGUCAAGUUCGCCUCGGCUAUGGCGACAGUUCUUGAACGAUUAAAUAGGAAGCAAUCACAUCAAUUCGGUUUGAGAACCGGAAUUGAAUACGGACCGGUUAUUGCGGGAGUUGUUGGCGCCCAGAAGCCGCUUUACGACAUUUGGGGAGAUACGGUCAAUAUGGCUUCACGUCUGGAGUAUACUAGUCAAGUGGGAGAGAUCCAAGUGACUGAAAAGACGGCCAGGUUGUUGGAAGCUGAAGGAAUAAGAUGCGAGAAGCGAGGUGAAACCUUCCUGAAGGGUAAAGGCCUUGUUAUGACAUACUGGAUUCGUCCUGAUGAGGUGGAGUUUAACGGUUCAGUGCGAGGGUCUUUGGCAGCGGUUAAAGGUUUUAUCGGUUUAAGCGACAUGUUGGUACCAGCUUCCGUUCGUAAUUCGUUUAGCCGUCAACCAGUCCGGCAAUCCGUUUUAUUCGAAGAGGAAGAAGAAGAACACGUACACAGAGAAUUUCAGGGGCGCUAUUCUUUAUCUGUUCCUGGACGUAUUGUAUUUCCAUCGAACAUCGAAGAGGAAUUAUGCCAGGACGUUGACAGUCUUGGGAUAUCUAACGAAAAUUGCACCGAAGAAGAGGAAAUAACUUACCUUUGAAUUUCCUUGGCUCCAUAUCCAUGUGCGACUCAAAUGCCCGUCCUCUACGAAAAAACACGAAGAUGUAAAUACUAGGAUUCUAAACUAAUAUUAAGAAAUGUUUAAGCUCAUUCCUUAUCGGGAGUACGUUUUCCCAUUGGUUGGAGGGAAAUACAGUACACGUGGUGAACAAUAAA